AUGAGUCCGCUACAGCUGUUAACCGUACCGCUCGUAGUUUUGCUAAUUGGAUCGGCUCUUGGCCAGUUGCCCUUCAAUGGGUGUUCUAAGCUAUUCCAGUACCAGGGCUAUCAAGGGCAGUUCAUCGGUCUGGUGAAAGUGCGCCAUCCUAUUGGUGACAACCAGACACUUAUCGUUCAAUUCUCCCAGCCAGGAUAUCAUGAAUUCACGAACUAUGUGGGCAGCAUUGCUCUGGUUGAUGACGAUGAGACGACCCAGCAAAAUCUUCGCCAAGGAUUGCCUAUUCGAUACCGGGUCGAUUUCCCGAUUCCCACAGUUCCUCCGAAGAUUACUAGCAUCGAGUUGAAUGGAAAUGAGCUUUGCGGUGCCCAACAAUACCCUAAGCCAAGGACAGGCAUAACUUUACGGAUCACUUGGACACCCUCCUACACAUCGGUCUAUGGGGUCAAUCCUCAGCCCGUACCAUCGAGACCUCAACAACCAUGGCAACAGGGGGAGAAUUCAGAGGUCUUUGGGGUAAAUACUCAACCCUUACCAUCGGCUGCUCAACCCUCUUGGCGACAAGAAGAAAAUCCCAACGACUAUGUUGAGACCAGGCCCAGGCCCAGGCCCAAUCAACCGACGGUCGAGGAUAAUAGUGCGUCAAUGGGAUGGAGUAAUGACUCCCUGCCUGGGUUUCCGAAUUCUGGAGGUCGUACUGUCCCCCCGCAGGGGACAACAAAUUCUGGUCGAGUUUCUGAACCUCAGCAGACGACUAGGAUCCCAGAUGUCCUGGUUCCGCAACAGAAUAAUCCAUCCGGAACUAUUCCUUGCGGAAGAGAGAGGGCCAGUAUCACCCCACUCAUCUUCCAAGGAAAGAAUCUGGAGCGCGGUCAACUCCCAUGGUUAGUGGCAAUCUUCGAGCGGCGGGAGAGCAACGGACCAGCUUUUAUCUGCGGAGGCUCUCUGAUCUCGACAACAACGGUGAUAUCGGCAGCCCACUGUUUCAGAUUUCCGGGACGGGAUGUGCCCGCUGCUCGAUUGGGCGUUUCCUUGGGACGGAAUAGCUUGGCCAUUCAAUCCGAUGGAGAAUACCGCGGAGUGUCCCAAUUGGUCAUCCAUGAAAAUUACCAGAUCAAGCAGUUCACGGAGGCGGAUUUGGCACUGGUUAGAUUGGAUGAUCCUGUAAGAUAUAACGACUACAUAGUACCAAUUUGCUUGUGGAGCCCAAGGAACCGCUUGGAUCUGCCGCAAGGACACAAGAGCUAUGUCGCUGGAUGGGGACCCGAUGAAUCGGGAACCGGCCAUUCUGAUGUCUCCAAGGUCACCGACUUGAACAUCGUUAUCGAAUCGAACUGCAUCGAGGAGCUGCCCCAUGUGCUGGUGCAGCCGAGCACCUUGUGCGCGAAAAAGACUGGAGCAGGACCUUGUUCCAGUGAUGGGGGUGGACCAUUGAUGUUGCGGGAACAGGAUGUGUGGGUGCUGCGAGGAGUGAUCUCCGGUGGUGCAAUCAACGAAAAGGAAAGAACCUGCGAACUAUCCAAGCCAUCUGUUUUCACCGAUGUGGCGAAACACAUCGACUGGGUGCGUCGGAAUAUGUGGAACUAAUUGGAAAAUGGAGUUGGUCAGAGCUGAAGACAUAUCGUUUCUAAAGAUAUCCUCAUAAGUCAUACUAAUCUACGGCAAGUGGAAUAGACUAUCCUGAAUUUCAGGUGGUCUUAACAGUUUGUUUGAUCCAUUAAUAAGGUGUGUUAUUUUCUUAAACUGAUGUAAAAUAAACUUAAAAAGCUUGUCGUAUCAUAAAGUAUUAAACUGU